AUGAUAAAGCAAUUAACUAAAUUAAAUAUCACAAAACAAUUAGCCAAUAAUAUUGGUAAAAGACAAUAUUGCUCAUACUUUGAAAAUAGAAAUAAUAAUUUACCAUAUAACACAGAUCCAAUUGAAAAAGUUGAAGACUCACCAAAUACAUCAUCAAAAUAUUUCGAUUUAUAUAAUAAACAUAAAACAUUUGUACCAUUUUUUGAUAAGAAUUCAAUUACAACACCAGCAAUUACAGGUUUAUAUCCAAGAGAAGGUGGGGAAUUUGUAGCACCAUCAGCAUCAAUUAUUGGUAAUGUUAAUUUAGGUGUAGGAUCAUCAGUUUGGGAUAACUGUGUUAUUAGAGCAGACGUUAAUUACAUUCAUAUUGGUGCAUUUACAAAUGUUCAAGAUGGUACAAUCAUUAGAGAAGCCAAUGAGCCAAUAUCAUUGGACCACAAUGGCAGCACAAUCAUUGGUGAUCAAGUAACAAUUGGUCACAGUUGUAUACUUGAAGCAUGUACUGUCGAAGAGAAUUGUUUGAUUGGAAUGGGUUCAAUUUUGGAACCAGAAUCAUACGUUGAAGCAAACUCAAUUUUAGGUUCAAAUUCAAUCUUAACCAAAGGUUCUCGUAUUAAAUCUGGUGAACUUUGGGUUGGUAAACCAGCUAAAUUUGUUAGAAAUUUAACUGAAAAUGAAAAAAUCGAUAUUAGUAAUAGUGCUCAUUCCUAUAUGUUAAAUGCUGAAAAAGCAUUUGAAUCUUUUGGUUUAGAUAAAGAUUCUUUCAUCUAUAUUGAUGCUCAACAACAAGGCAUUCAAGUUGGUUGGAAAGGUAGUUAUUUUUCUGAAUAA